CUGAGGGGCGGAGAUGUCAUUGGCGUGCCUUCGAGUGUAUGCCCGACGACACAGGUUAGCACUUGGAGCUCAGGAAUAUGCAACCCCCACCAUUGUCUCCAGGUCUCGGGAGCGAAAGAACGAGGGUCCAGUGCUUCAGUAUGUGGGGAAGCUGAGAAAGCCCAACCACAAAGUGUUCGUAUGGGGUUUUAGCUACACUGGAGCCCUGGGCAUUCCCAGAUUUGAGGUUCCGGGCAGUGGCAGAAAAAAGGCCAGGAAAUACCAGCUCACAUCUUACCGCCUGGAGACAGAGCAGCAGUGUUCAGUCUGGGGAACAAUGCCUAUGGCCAGUGUGGGAGGGAGAUUGCUGAAGAUGUACAGAUUAACUCCCCUUGACUACUUCCUUUUGAAGUGGUGGGCAAGGUGACCCAGAGGGCCUGUGGAGGCACACAGGUGGCCAUUCGGAAUGGUGAGUACCAUGCCCCGUUAUAUUUUGGCCCAUAGCCACUUCCCUUUGCUCCUAUCCCUUCCAUAUUUACCAAUCUGAGAAGACUGGGUAUGUGAAAGCAAUAUGGUGGAAUCUCUAAUUAGUCUAUAGGAAGGCAUGUUUGGCGUCACCAUAUUGCUAAAACUGAUCGAGUCCUUUCAGAUCUGUGAACAUAAGGGGGGUAUCAGCCAAAAUGAAACUUGUCAGUGAAAUAAUAGAUCACUUGCAUCACCACCAUCCAAGCACAAGUAAUAUUGCUGGGCUUUAUAGCAUAGCAUCCCAUUCAGUAGACUUUUUUUUCAUAUCCUUUGAAUAAAUAAUAUGUAGUGUCAGUUUGUCUCUGCAGAGAGAGGUGAGGUGUUUGUAUGGGGCUACAGCGUUCUUGGAAAGGGCCCUAUCUCUCUGAAUCCCAAACCCCUGAGUUUGUCCCUCCAACACUGUUUGGUUGCGCCGAGUUUAACCCUGCGGUGACAAUGAACCGCAUCCACUGUGGACUGAACCCUUUCGCUGCUGUCACAGGCAGGCGGUGUUGAUGGAGCUUGUGUUGAUCCAGAUCGGGGUGAGCUCUUCAUUUGGGGAGGAUGUCUUGGUAUUGCAAAGAAGUUGGACCAGUUCUUCUCAUGGCGGGUGACGUUGCCAAGUCGUGUGAUAGAUGCAGCAUGCGGGGUGGACCACAUGGUGGCGCUGGUCAAGUCUGUCAUCUGAGUGUCCCCAGCUGGCAUGGACAGAGCCAGUACGCUCUGCUCUUCCCCAUGACCCUCCCACCUCCCCGUAACAAAGAAGGGGAUCUAUCCCUGUUUAUUCACCCUGUUCACCUCAUGUCCCCAGGCCGCCAAUGAAGGCCUGAACCCCAGAGCCAGCUGUCCUCCAUGGGUGGUAGAGAACCUCUGGAUCAGGCGACUGUGUCCGCCAUCAAAAGCUUCAGGCUGCUCCCCGUGUUUCUAGCUAGCACAGCUGGGAUAACAUGGAGGCUGAGUCUGAAGUAUUUCACAAAUCUCUAUACAGUAUUUAUCUGACGUCAGUGUUGGAUGAUGUGGAGAUCAGUGGAGCAGCACUAGCUGGCUCAAGUGUUGGAUGAUGUGGAGAUCAGUGGAGCAGCACUAGCUGGCUCAAGUGUUGGAUGAUGUGGAGAUCAGUGGAGCAGCACUAGCUGGCUCAAGGCUGACACGAUUCUGCCUAAAAUGGACUCCUUGGAGCCAUGGAUUUUUUUUUUCCUGCAAAGAAGUGCUGAAACGAGACUGGGUUGUCAGACCUCCCUCCAGAACCAUGUGUAACAGUAUAACUUUAGACCAUCCCCUCGCCCAUACCCGGGACCCUCUGUACACAUCAACAAGUCACCCACGAAGCAUUGUUACCCAUCGCUCCACAAAAGCCGCGGCCCUUGCAGAGCAAGGGGAACCACUACUUCAAGGUCUGAGCAAGUGACGUCACCGAUUGAAACUCUAUUUUGCGCGCACCACCGCUAACUAGCUAGCCGUUUCACAUCCGUUACACAUGGACAUUUGGCAUUUUACCGUCACUGUUGAUAUUUUAUACACACACACACACGUAUGCUCGUCGAACACCUCAUUCCAUAUUCAUGGGCAUUAACAUGGAGUUGGUCCCUCCUUUGCCGCUAUAAACAGCCUCCACUCUCCUGGGAAGGCUUUCCACUAGAUGUUGAAACAUUGCUGCGAAGACUUGCUUCCAUUCACCCACAAGAGCAUUAGUGAUGUUGGGCGAUUAGGCCUGGGACGCAGUCGGUGUUCCAAUUGAGUUGGAACUUGAGGGGUUGAGGUCAGGGAAACAGGAAAAGGCCUUCCCCAAACUGUUGCCAAAGUUGGAAGCACAGAAUCGUCUAGAAUAUAAUUUUAUGCUGUAGCGUUAAGAUUUCCCUUCACUGGUACUAAAGGGCCUAGCCCGAACCAUGAAAAACAGCCCCAGACCAUUAUUUCUCAUCCACCAAACUUUACAGUUGGCACUAUGCAUUAAUCCGAAAGGUCAUUCAGCUGCCAAUGUUUUCCUAUGGAGAUUGCCUGGCGGUGUGCUCUAUUUUAUACAUUUUAUGUCAGCAACGGGUGUGGCUGAAAUAGCCGAAUACACUAAUUUGAAGGGGUGUCUACAUCAUUUUGUGUGUGUGUGUAUAUUUCAGGGUGUUGUAUAGCCCUGGAAAUAAUCUCAAUUCACGUAAACAUAAAUUCUGAAAAAAUAGCUUGUCCAAAAAAAUGGUGUCUUUGCACAAUUUACAAAUUGUGCCAAUUCAUAGGCAAUUUCUCUGCAUUUGAGGCUAUUAAGCCCAUGAAACUGGUCCGCGAAAUUCUUGAUAUGUUUAGCAAGCUCCUUUGGCUAUAAUUUUGUCUGGCUUUAACCCAGCGCAAUUGUCAAACACGCUCGUUUGUCAUUUCGAUCUGAUAAAGCCGGCACUGUUCUAUUUUCAAACCCGUCAGGAUUGGUAAUUUACCUGUUUCAUUUGCUGGAGGUGGGAGGGGUGGUAUUAUGAGGCCCUUAAAAUGUGCCCAAGUGCCAAUUUCAGUAUGCGCUGGUGAGGAUAUUUAAGACCAAUCGAAAGCUGGUUUUACCGGUAACACAUUUGUUUACGGCAUAGAAGCGCAGCCUAUCCAGCCAUGACACACACUGCCAAUAUGCACAUGGAAUAAGAUGUGUUUUUUGUGCCCUUAACACCCUUGUAUUUAGAAACAUUUUGUUUGAUUUUUUUUUUUAAACCAGCAUAGCCUCCUCAAUGAAGGCUGUUUUUUUUUGUCAUGCCCAAUGCAAUUCGCAAAGUAGUCAAGACUAUCGAUAACGAGUUUGGCUGAGACCCGUUUGAAAUAAAUCUUAAAUCACCAAAGCUUUAUGAAAAGAUCAAGUUUGGCAGCAGCAAAAACAGUGAGCAGACAUCCCCUUUUUUAUACACUGCUCAAAAAAAAUUAAGGGAACACCUAAACAACAAUGUAACUCCAAGUCAAUCACACUUCUGUGAAAUCAAACUGUCCACUUUGGAAGCAACACUGAUUGACAAUAAAUUUCACAUGCUGUUGUGCAAAUGGAAUAGACAACAGGUGGAAAUUAUAGCAAGACACCCCCAAUAAAGGAGUGGUUCUGCAGGUGGGGACCACAGACCACUUCUCAGUUCCUAUGCUUCCUGGCCGAUGUUUUGGUCACUUUUGAAUGCUGGCGGUGCUUUCACUCUAGUGGUAGCAUGAGACGGAGUCUACAACCCACACAAGUGGCUCAGGUAGUGCAGCUCAUCCAGGAUGGUACAUCAAUGCGAGCUGUGGCAAGAAGGUUUGCUGUGUCUGUCAGCGUAGUGUCCAGAGCAUGGAGGCGCUACAAGGAGACAGGACAGUACAUUAGGAGACGUGGAGGAGGCCGUAGGAGGGCAACAACCCAGCAGCAGGACCGCUACCUCCACCUUUGUGCAAGGAGGAGCAUUGCCAGAGCCCUGCAAAAUGACCUCCAGCAGGCCACAAAUGUGCAUGUGUCUGCUCAAACGGUCAGAAACAGACUUCAUGAGGGUGGUAUGAGGGCCCGACGUCCACAGGUGGGGGUUGUGCUUAAAGCCCAACACCGUGCAGGACGUUUGGCAUUUGCCAGAGAACACCAAGAUUGGAAAAUUCGCCACUGGUACCCUGUGCUCUUCACAGAUGAAAGCAGGUUCACACUGAGCACAUGUGACAGACGUGACAGUCUGGAGACGCCGUGGAGAACGUUCUGCUGCCUGCAACAUCCUCCAGCAUGACCGGUUUGGCGGGUGGUUAGUCAUGGUGUGCCGCACAGCCCUCCAUGUGCUCGCCAGAGGUAGCCUGACACCUUGUGAGACCAUAUGCUGGUGCGGUUGGCCCUGGGUUCCUCCUAAUGCAAGACAAUUCUAGACCUCAUGUGGCUGGAGUGUGUCAGCAGUUCCUGCAAGAGGAAGGCACAGACUGGCCCGCCCGUUCCCCAGACCUGAAUCCAAUUGAGCACAUCUGGGACAUCAUGUCUCGCUCCAUCCACCAACGCCACGUUGCACCACAGACUGUCCAGGAUUUGGCGGAUGCUUUAGUCCAGGUCUGGGAGGAGAUCCCUCAGGAGACCAUGCCCCACCUCAUCAGGAGCAUGCCCAGGCGUUGUAGGGAGGUCAUACAGGCAUGUGGAGGCCACACACACUACUGAGCCUCAUUUUGACUUGUUUUAAGGACAUUACAUCAAAGUUGGAUCAGCCUGUAGUGUGGUUUUCCACUUUAAUUUUGAGUGUGACUCCAAAUCCAGACCUCCAUGGGUUGAUAAGUUUGAUUUCCAUUGAUAAUUUGUGUGAUUUUGUUAUCAGCACAUUAAACUAUGUAAAGAAAAAAGUAUUUAAUAAGAAUAUUUCAUUCAGAUCUAGGAUGUGUUAUUUUAGUGUUCCCUUUAUUUUUUGAAGGUCUUACAUUAUUUUAGCCAGCUAUGUUGAAAGUCCAUGAGAUCUUCAGGCCAUUUUACUGCCAAUGUUCGUCUAUGGAGAUCGCAUGGCAGUGUCCUCAAUUUUAUACAUCUGUCAGUAACAGGUGUGGCUGAAAUGGCCAAAUCUACUCAUUUGAAGGCGUGUCCACAUACUUUUGGCCGUGUUGUCUACGUGUUCAGAUAAUACAGAGAGACCUGAUACCAUGCUUCUCAUUGUUUUCAUUAGGAUGUUUUCUUAGCUGUCCUAUUUGAAACAAACAAUUAGGACUGGGCAAGGUCUACCCUACCGGUUUGACAACCCGUGAGGACAGCUAUCAAUUGUUGGCACAAGAUGUCAAUAAUUGGAUUAACUGACUUGGUCAAACAAAGGCAUGGUUAAAACUGGGGUUAAAAGUGACAAACAAGAAAAGGUGCAACUGAUAAUAUUUAGUAGCAACUUCAAGUAUAGAAUUACAAACUUUAUUUUUAAUUCCAAUUUCAGAACACAUGUUAUUGCACUGGAGGAUGCCUUCUCAACAAACAUCAAAUUAAAAGUGUUUGACCAGGAUUCAAACAAACCACAGUCAUCACACUUCACAUGACUUCAAGGAAGGGACAUUUCCAUUAACCUCUAUGGGACAAUUGUUGCUCAAUAUGCAAUAACGUGACUUGAAUUCUGUAAACAGCAGCCAACUUUUCGGGACAUAGACAUGUCUUAUAUUGGCUUAAAUUCUUGUUAAUCCAACUGCAGUGCCCAAUUUACAAUGAGCUAUUACAGCAACAAAAAAAACACCAUGCUUUUGAGGAUAGUGCACAACAACAAAAGACUUAUCACGGCAACUGGUUUGAUACAUUCAGUAAUCUUGCUCUUUGUCAUCCUGAGGGUCCCAGAGAUCAAAUGCAGCAUAGUUAUGCUUGAUUUAAAAAAAUAUAUAUAUAUUCAAAUGUAGGAACUGGGUUCUACAGUUUGACCCUGCUGCUGUCUCUGGCUCCACACCCACCCCACCAUCUAGUUGUGAAGGUGUACAUUUUAAUUUAUCAUUAUCAUCAUCAUAGCAUUUUUGUAUGCACUCUAUAGUUAUGUACUUGAAAAUGUAUAAAUUGACCAAUUCGGCACAUUUGUGCAAACUCCUGGCAGAUUUAUUACAAAAUUUUGUACAGUGAUGUAAUUCUUCACUGGAUCAAUCUGAAACUUUGCACACACACUGCUGCCAUAUUGUGGACAACAUCUAAUUACACCUAGAAUCCUAUCUCAAUGUAUGGCCUUUUUCCAUUUCAAAGAUGCAACAAAAAUAUAGAAAACGCAUGUUCUUUUUGUUUGUAUUAUCUUUUAUCAGAUUAAAUAUUAUAUCCUUUUUUCAUCUCACAUUUCCACAAUUUUUGUUUCCUUUCAAAUGGUAUCAGGAAUAUGCAUAUCCUUGCUCUAGGUCCUGAGCAGUUAGAUUUGGAUAUGUCAUUUUAAGGAGGAAAUUGAAAGAAAAAAAAGCAUUGGAACCUUUUAAAAGACAAGUGCCAUGGGGGGCACGGUUGACUACCAAGUAUACACUCCUGCAAAAUACUAUUCUCCCCCACCUUUUGCAAAUUAGUAUGAUUGGCAAGAACAUUUUAAAAUGGCAGACAAAUGUGAUUGCUUCUGAGCUAACAUCGAUAGUUUUCUAAAAGGCUAUGACCAGAGCUAAAGCUAACACGUGCAUCAGCAUGGAACGGCUAGACAAAGCCCUCACCAACUUCCAAAAGUCAAGAGCAGAGCGAUGUCGGCACAUUGUGGUUUGUUUGAUUCCCGUCGGCUACUUUUAUUUAUUUAACUAGGCAAGUCAGUUAAGAACCGGCCAAAUCCGACGAUGCUGGGCCAAUUGUGCGCCGCCGUAUGGGACUCCCAAACACAUCCGGUUGUGAUACAGCCUGGAUUUGAACCAGGGUGUCUGUAGUGACGCCUCAAACACUGAGAUGCAGUGCCUUAGACUGCUGCACCACUCGGGACAAAGUAAAAAUCCUGAUGCAUUUAUCCUCCAGUGUUCUAAAGAAUCACAUUCGCCUUAGGCAAUUUCUUUCUUAAAUAGGAUUGAUACGGCCUCCCGGGUGUUGCAGCGAACUAAGGCACUGCAUCGCAGUGCUAGCGGCGUUACUACAGACCCAGGUUCAUUCUCGGGCCGUGGCCGGGAAGCCCAUAAAACAGCAUCGCAGUGCUAGCGGCGUUACUACAGACCCAGGUUCCUUCCCGGGCCGCGGCCGGGAGGCCCAUAGGACAGCACACAAUUGGCCCAGCGUCAUCCGGGUUAGGGGAGGGUUUGGCCGGUGGGGCUUUACUUGGCUCAUAGCGCUCUAGCGACUCUGUGGCGGGCCGGGUGCCUGACGCCGGUCUCUAGUUGAACGGUGCUUCCUCCGACACAUUGGUGCGGCUGGCUUCUGGGUUAAGCUGGCAGGUGUUAAGGAGCACAGUUAGUCGGGCAAUUUUUCGGAGGACGCAUGACUCCACCUUCGCUCUCCCGAGCCAGUUGAGGAGUAGCAGCGAUGAGACAAGAUCGAUAAAAUAAAAUGGAU